AUGCCUUUGAAAAAACAAUUUCCCACAACAUUAACUCAUGUCCUCAAAACACACAAUGGACCGGUCAACGCCGUUACAUUCUCCAGCUAUCCUGGCACCUACGUCCUAAGCGGAGCCGCAGAUCGCGCAGUACACCUGUCGCGUGCGAUCACCAAUAACAGCGGCUCCUCACCCACGGAGACCUCUACCCCCAUCCAGAAGUACGAAGCCCACGGCUACACUGUCCUCGAUAUCGCCGUCGCCGCGGACAACGCGCGGUUCGCCAGCGUCGGCGGCGACCGCCAGGUCUUCCUCUGGGAUGUCGAGCAAGGGAUUACGGCAUUUGAGACGGAUGAAUCCGCCGUCGGUGCUGGAGGCCCGAGGCGAUACCGUAACAGCGAGCUGCGGGUGCGGUCUGUGUUUGCGCAGGGCGAUGCGGUCGUGCUGAGCGGCAGCGAGGCAGAUAAGGAGAGUGGAUACGAUGAUGCGGCGGUGUUUGCGUGGGAUGUGCUUAGUGGGGAGGUCGUGGGUUGUGUUUCUGCGGGGGAGGGCGUGCGGGUGGUGAGCUGCGUGGCGUGGAAUGAGAAGGGGGGUUGUUGGGCUGGGGGUUGUUCUGAUGGUAUCUAUCCCCUUCCCUUUACUUUUUGCGGUUAG